ACCUUCUCAUCUCUCUCUCUCUCUCUCUCUCUCUCUCUCUCUCUCUGUGUUCCUGCAACUACUCCCAAAUCGAUCAAACCCCAUCUGGAAAGAAAACCCAGAGACCUCACCUGAAAAUCUAAAACUCAUUUCCCAUAUCACCAAAAGUAACCCAUAAAGCUCAUGAUCUUUUCUGAUCCCUGAUAUCCAUUCUGCUAUAUCAUCAACAACACAAAGAAAAGAAGCUUACAAGAAUCAUUAGAAGACGAGUACAAGAAAGAAAAGGAGGAGGAGUACUUCAGGCCGGGGCUUGUUUGGUCGUUGUAGAAGAUGGAGCUAUUCCCAGCACAACCAGAUUUGUCCCUUCAAAUCAGCCCUCCAAAUAGUAAACCCAUAAGAAGUACUUGGAGAAGUACUACUACAGAAGAAGAGGUGGGUUUGGGUUUCUGGAAGAGAGCUUUGGACUCCAGAACCUCCAUGUCCUCAAUGGCCAAACCCGACACCUGUUUCGACCUCUCGUUGUCGAAUCCAAGGGCUUCCGAAUCCCUCACCAACCAUAUUCAUAAUCACCAACUUGGAAAUGGAAAUCCUUUCCAGACCCUCCAGAGAAUUAACCACUACCCUCAAGUACUCCAACACCAGCCAAUGUUUCAGCAACCACCGCAAGUACUAAGCCAAGAACUUGGUUUUCUGAGACCCAUAAGAGGACUUCCGGUAUACCAGAACCUUCCUAAUUUCCCAUAUGCUCAACAGCCCCUAGAUGCUUCUCAACCUUCUUCCAUAGUUAAUACUUGCACAAGCUCAAGUCCUUUUCAAUCUCAAGGGUUAAUGCGAUCAAGAUUUCUAUCACGGUUUCCAGCUAAACGAAGCAUGAGAGCACCUCGGAUGCGAUGGACUACUACGCUUCAUGCUCGCUUUGUUCAUGCUGUUGAGCUAUUGGGUGGCCAUGAAAGGGCGACACCGAAGUCAGUUCUUGAGCUUAUGGAUGUGAAAGAUCUCACUUUGGCACAUGUUAAAUCACAUUUGCAGAUGUAUCGAACCGUGAAGACCACCGAUAGAGCAGCAGCUUCUUCAGGGCAAUCGGAUGUAUUUGAAAAUGGGUCAUCUGGAGAUACUUCUGAAGACUUGAUGUUUGACAUUCACAACCCCAAAAGGCUUCAACUAUCCGUUCAGCAGGGAAGACCAUUGACUACUCAAGAUCACAAAGAUUAUCGUGGUCUCUGGAGCAAUUCUUCAAGCAGUAGGGAAGCUCGGUUGCAUGGCAAACCAAAGUAUUCUGGUGGAAACAUAGCAUCUCUUCAUGAUCAGAAGGACAUGGAUCCAAAAUGCUUAAGCUAUGAAAGGAUGUCAUCAGAUGUGAACUCAUCAGCAAACCAUACAGGGACAAGCCCCAAGAAGCCUAAUUUGGAGUUCACUUUGGGAAGGCCACUGAGAAAUCUCUUCUGAUCAGUACUCUUCAUUUUGAAAUCACUAAAACAGUGAAGGGUCGAUCGGGCACGGGCCGAGAAACUGAGAGGAAAAGAAAUGAAAAAGAAAACAAAAGAAAAAAGAAAGUAAAAGGAGAGCUAAAGAAGACAAGGAGACAAGAAAGAAAGCACCAAAAGGAGAGAAAAAGGAAGAAAAAAAAAAGCAUGGCCUUCCUAGCUAUGAGACUCUGAUCAGAUCUAAAAAUCAACAUAUAUAUUAUAUUGCAACUUAAAAUAUGAGAUCUAAUUGAUUUUGUAUGUUUUUGCACUCAGGUAGAGAGAAAGAUCAUCAUAUCAGUGGGACACCUUUAACUUCUAUCUUAAAGUGUGAAAGUGAUCCUUGGUAAUUGUAAUGUAGCACUUUAUAUUUUGUAAAAUACUGGAAGUAUUCUUACCCAAAGGGGUUGGUGCUGAUA